UUUUAUUAUGAAUCAAAACCCUGAUCAUAAUAAAAACUCAUAGAGGAGUGAAAUAUUUAUCAGUUAUUCACGUUAGCAAUUAUAAACUAUGGAUUUUGACCCUACUAAACCUCAAAUGUAUUUAAAUCAGAAACAAGGAGAAAAAAACCAAAACAAGGUAGAUUAAUAGUAAUAAAACAACAUGUCAAAUAAUUAACUAACAGAUAACUCUUAUUAAAGAUUCUAAGCUUAGUAUUAAUUAAUCAAAAAUUAGAAAUGAUGUAAUGAAGACAGAAAAAAACCAAUAAGGUACACCUAAACAAAAUUUUAAUUAAUAUAAAACACAAGAGGAAGAUCAUGAAAUCUUUAUUCAAAACAAUACCAUACAGAAGAAGAAUAACAAUAAUUUAAGUUCAACAACUCCUUUCACAAAUGAAAAUUGGAUUAAUACUUAGGGCGCAAUUCCAUAGUAAAAUUAGACAUAGUUCAAUUAAUACACAGGUCUACAAAAUUCUUUUUAGUAAAAAUGAAAUUUUAAAACAUUAUAUAAUUAUAACAUUCGU